CUGCAGUAAACAGUGCAGAGAAAGAAUGGCAGCGACUGAGUCCCGGAGCAGGGCCUGGCUCACAAAUACAAGCGCACAGCUGAGUGGGCUGGUCCUUUCAACCCACUUAGGCUGUGUCACUGCAACUGGAGUGCACCAGGUUUAUCAUUAACUCCUCUAAAGGCAGCGGCAGCAGCAGAGGCAGCUUCAACAAGGCCGGAGCUCCUGGCUAAUUAGCAGCUUCCAACAUGGCAAAUGACAGCACAGAAGAAGAAGGACUGGCCAAGGAGUCACCUGAGACUGAGCAUCACAUAUAUGAAGACGUGAAAUGGUUCAACAAAGCAGAACAGAACCAACGGAUGGCUGUGGAAGAGCUCAUCAGCACCGAAACUGGCUAUGUACACAACCUCCAGCUCUGCAUUUCAGACAUACAUGACCACCUCCAGAAAAAGCAGCUGCCUGAAAUAGAUUUGGAAGGAUUGUUCUCUAAUAUAGAGGAUGUCCUACGUGUUUCCAGACAUUUUCUGACAGGCCUUGAAACUGUAGCAAACCUGGAACAUGAGCAGCUGUUUCAUAUCAGCACCUUAUUCCAGGAGCUCAAAGAGGAGAUGGAAAAUGUCUACAAGGUUUAUUGUGCCAACUAUGAUCAAGCUCUUAUCCUGCUGGAGAUUUACCGAAAGGAGCCAAGAUUACAAAAGGAACUUUUGGACACCCUGCAGGUUACAGUGCCUCACACUGGUGCUUCAGACCUGAGCUUCUUCUUGGUGAUGCCAGUGCAGCGGGUCACAAAAUACCCACUAUUGCUGCAGAAGAUUUUGGAAAACACUCUGGAAAGCGACAGUGCUUAUGAAGCUCUUUCAGCUGCAACCAAAGCUAUGAUAGAGGUUAAUGCCAACAUCAAUGAGUACAAAAGACGCAAAGAAGUAGCAGAUAAAUACAACAAAGCUGGGUAUCUGACUUUGCGAGAGCGCCUGGCCCGGCUUAACACACAUUCCAUUACCAAGAAGACCACACGUCUGAGCCGCCUCUUUAUGCAUGAGGCUGGAAUUGUAUCUAAGACAGAGGACAAGGAGUUUGAUGAUCUGGAAGAGAAGUUUCAGUGGUUGGCAUCAGGUGUAGCUGAUCUAAAGGAGAAUGUGGCUUCUUUCCUCAGCAACACAGAGGUAUUCCUUGGCUCUCAACUCCAGGAGAACGAGCUGGACAUAGAAGCAGGGACUAGACAACAAUGUUGCCGCCUUGCAGGAAAACUCAACAGCAUCAUCUUGCCUGAGUUUAAGAAACGCCUGGAACGUCUGGUGUAUCUGCCGCUGUGCAAUUUGUCAGAGACUCUGAAGGGGCCUCAAAAACUGAUCAGGAAGCGCUUAGACAAACUGUUAGACUAUGAGGAAGUUGAGGAGAAGAGGAACGAGACAGGCAGUGUGACAUAUGAGGAGGAGGCCUCCAUGAAUACCUAUCUUGCCAUUAAUUCCUUGCUAGUGUCUGAACUUCCUGCGUUCAACCUUGUGGCCCUGAAGUGGCUGGGGCAGAUUCUGCGUAGUUUUGUGGCUCUUCAGAAGGAUCUGGCCAAGCAAGUUCUUCAGGAGGCAGAAGGGGAGAUGGCCCAGCUGCCCCACAGGCACCUCCCUGAAACUGAUUUCUGGAAGAUGGUGGAAGAUACUUUAAGCCGGGCUGAAGACCAGCUUCACUCCUUCUGCAAGAAAUUUGAGAGUGUUAGGCCGAGCCCGGUUGUGCAGCCACUUAGCCCUGCAGAGGAGAGGAGGGUCCUCUUGCUUGUGAACAAGCAUGGACCAGACAAGCUCUUCCAGGUGACAAGCAACAUCAGUGGCAGCAAAGAUAUGGACCUGACACUGCAGAGGGGGCAGAUUGUGGCUCUCCUUCAUGACAUGGACACCAAAGGCAACAGUAAUCGAUGGCUGGUGGAUGCUGGAGGGCCAAGGGGAUACAUCCCAUCUGGGAAAGUCCAGCCAUAUCAUCUAGUCCAAAACCAAAAGUCCAAAACGGAGAUGCUGAUCCCAAAUGAUGGAGCUGAGAGGAGACGUCAUUCUUAUAACUUGCCCGAAACCGCCAGCCCACCCGUCAGUUUCAUUACACCGGCUUUCCAGGUGGUGGCUGGCUAUGCAUUCACAGCUAGGAGCAGCCAUGAAGUCAGCUUGAGAGCAGGCCAGCCAGUGACUGUCCUGGAGCCCCAUGAUAAGAAGGGGAGCAAAGAGUGGAGUCUGGUAGAGGUGAAUGGACAGAGGGGCUACGUCCCUUCCAGCUACCUGGUGAUGGCGCCCACUCCAGAACCACCUGGAUGGAGCUCACCUGUUUGGCCACUUCCAAAUCAGCAAACAUAACAGCAAGAAAAGUUUGAUGUCAGAAAGUCAAUUGUGUUCCCCCUUACCUGUCCUCCCCAUUUCCCCCCAAGGGGCUGGUCAUGCAGUGAGGGAAGAAGCAGAUGGUGGGGCCAGGAAAUCAGUAGAUUGGUACAAGUCUGUACUUUAUGAAAAAGUGUGAAGGGAUUUUGAUGUGAGGCUGCUUGCAGUGGCCUGAUCUUCCAUUGUUUUUGGAUGGCCUAACAUCACUAAUAUGAUUCUUCCACAAAUUCUCAGGGGGGAGGAUCUACUAAAAAUCUAGGGCCAUUCUCAACAUCUCAGCACCAUCAGUUAUAUUUGAUAAAUGGAUGUCCAUUUAUGGGCAGUUCCCAUAGACUGUGAAAGAUGUAUUCAAGGAUUAACAAUGUCUUCAUUCUGGCAUAAUGAAAGCAAAAAAAAAAUCCUUAUUUUUGAUAGCUUUAUCUUUGGGUAAAAAUAAUUGCCUUCCUUUGGAAUGAUAUUCAAAUCUCCAAAAUAUUACUGGGGUUAGGCUGGAAGUGAAAUGCCAGAUCUCUGGUUCACUCAAGAUUUUAGAUCAUGAAUACAAGAUAUAAAAUCUUUACAAAGUAGGCAGCUGUGUUGGGCCAUAGAAAAAUUUCAAAAAUACUAGUUUUGUAACGUAUUUCUUUAUUAGAACUAACCAAAAUAUCACAAAACAGUGAGUAAGAUUUCACGUUCCCCAGAAGUCUUCAUCAGGUUGGAUGUUCUGGAUGAAAAGAUGCGGCCAGGAGAGAAAGUGAUAUUUCAGGGUAUGAUGGAUGAACCUCUAGUCUGCAGCUGGAGUGUAGAGUUUAAAAAUGGAGUGCAGGAUCCGUCCAUUUGCACAGGGAAGGAGCCCUCCAAGCACUGCUUGUUACGGCUUGUGAACAUGACUCCAGGAAGAAUAAAGCCACAGUCAGUGCUCUGCUGCACUGUUUGUACCACUAACAAGGAAAAGAGCACUGCUAAAGAUAUUGAUAAUAGCCAGAUCUGUGCCUUUCUGCCCACACAAACCUAUCUCCAGAGGUAUACCUAAAUCUAGAGGUAUGCUCUGCUGUCGGUCAAGAGAAUAUGCUUAUCUAGCCCACAUCCACAUACCCAUGAUAAUCUCAGCAGGUUGUGGCACCAGCAUAGAAAACCAUUGCCUCUGUUUUCUUGAAGGCCAAGAGCGUUUGGAUGUGCUCUUGUGUGGAGUUGACCCUGAGGUUUAUCUUGAAUAAACUUUUGGCAGGGGGCCCUGCAGAUGUAGCUCUUUGAAAAAAAUACAUGGGUUUAUUCUUUGAUGCAUAAAAUUGUAUUGUGAGCUGAAGGACAAAAUGAAAAACAUUAUAUUGGAACAGAUCUGUAAUACAAAGGCUUCUCUCGAUCGCCAUAUCGACAGCAUCUCUUCACUUUGUUGGAGAUUGGCAGAAGGGGGGCAAAAAACAAUUGUGUUCCCAUCAAGAUGUUAUUGUGAGAGUAUGACUGUAGAGUUUUCACUCUGCAAUCUCUGUGUUUCUGUGAAUUUUACCAGGAGGGGUAGCUGUAACAGUCACAACUCUAAAAUCUCAGAGUAUCCUGUUUUCAUGAAUGGAGAAUGCCAUGUGUGAACCUUACAUGUGUCUGAGAUAGGAAAUUGCAAACAUUCUAUAGGUUUGUAAAAUUGAUCUGAUAUUAGAAGCUACUGACCACUCAAAUGAGAUUCCUUCUUGACCAUUCUAGGAUAUUCCCUCCUGCAAUGUUGUUUCACGCUCUUCAUAGUUAUCGUUUGCAGUGUUGUAGUGGUGUGAAGUAAGCAGUAUUGCUCCUUUGUUUAAAAAUAUCAGUUUGAAAUUGAAUCUGUUCAAGAGAAUCCAUGAGUUUUGCAAACAUACCUACAAUGACAUUUCUAGUUGCAUCCUCUCUGUCUUUAAGUCUUUUAUCAACAUAAUCAUGGUUUUGCCACUAGAUGGCUCAGCUGCUACAUUUGACUAGUGAAUCCCAAAGACUAUUACGAUUAGCACAAACCUUACACUUUGAGAGCAGCUUUAUAGUCAAGGUGGGGGGCAGACUUUGCUUCUUGCUCUAAUAUUCCCCAAGGGUGGUCUUCUGGAAGAUUUCUUGCUUCUCGUUUCCAAUGAAUCAGCUCUCACACAGUAAGAGGUAUCUUGGCAGCUACACGGCACUAAAAUGGGAGCAGAAUCUUGUGACAUUGUUUCUGCUGUAGGUAACAAGAGGACCUAUUAAGAGAAGGUCUCCUGUUUAAUGUGCCACCUGAAUUUACCUUGCAGGAAACCAUAAAAGAGAAGAGAGGUAGGGAUAUACGAGAAGGGAGACGAAGUGGCUACCUAUGCCGUGUGUGUAUAUGUAUAUUUGUAAGCAGAACACCGCAUAAUGUGCAGCAAAAGAAUAGUGUGUGUCCUAUUAGAAACAUGGCAUGAACAUAGGCUCUUUACUGUACUAUUUUCUUCUUCCACAUAUCCCUGCAACAGGCUGAGCAUACCAGAAAAAAGUGCCAUACAGAGGAGUCUCUGGAGCAGGAAAGAGAAUCUGAUGUUCAUGGUGCACGAAAAAAGCAAGGAUCAUUGUACGAAAAAGGAAUAUUCCCGCCUUCCAUUUUUGAGAUCCAGGAUGUCAGGUUGGGAUGCUUAUGCUGCUGUAAGAAGCAGAACAAGAAUUGGUUGCUAGUGCAAGUGGUCACCUAAUGUGCUUUUGGGGGCAGGCUAGUAUGUCAGAUAUUAUGUGCCAGUUUCCAGAAUGAAUUUACAGCCCCCACAGUCAAACAGAUCCCUGGACUCUAACACAGGCAGGCACAGCUCACAGGCCCACAAUAAGAAAGACAAGGGCUGCCAAAUAUAACUGACACCCAAAUCUCAUAUGUUUGACCCAAGCAGAUCCAUAUGCCAAGUGUCUUGCAAGAAGGGAGUUGCCUAGCAAGUGAAGAUUUUGUCAUUGUGUUGACUUAUCAUUGUGGGCGCUUGUUAUCAAGUCACAUAGACAUAUAAGCCCACAGCUGUCUCUUCCAUUUUGUCCCUUUCAUACAUAUAUAUAUAUAUCAUAAUCGGAGAGUUCCAGGUAGAGUAGGCUCGCCAUUACCUUAUGUUAAAUGCUAUGUUGCCUACUUGAUAAAGAUUUCAGAGGACAUAAGAAUCAAAGGGUACAAUGCUAUUGAAAACAACAGCAAGUCAUCUAGGGGUUUUCAAAGUGCAGCAUUAUAGCCAAAGAUUGUGGAGAUCAGCUGUAUUAUCGAGAGGACUGACAUUUUUAUAGUAGGUGCAUAUUUACUUUCAGACACAAAGUUGGUAAGCCAAUACCUUUUACUGCAUUGACUUCUGGUAGUCAAAUACAACAGCUUUUAGUCUUCCCACCAACCUCUUCUUCAAGCGUGAAAGAAGAAAUGUAAUGAAGUUAAUGAAAUUAUGAUACCUAUCCAUGGGUUGCCUCAUUCCCCUCCCAUUCGCUACCCACUGCAAUACCAAAAGGUUUCCAAAAUGUUCAACACAAAGGAGCCACCCACCCCUGUGUUGUUCAUCCAUGACAACAGUGGAGCCUGAAUGAUGUUUUAGGCCUACAGCAAGCUGUGUUGGGCUAGGCAGCUAGAUUCUACCUUCAUAGCCUGACCUAAUCAGUUUGUCUUUGGCUUCAGAGAUACCUCCUGCCAUCUUCCAACAGGGGUCUCAAAACCAUCAAAGAAAAGCUCUUAAAUAGUUAUGGGAAACCCCAGAACUGCUUACCUGGAAUUCUGGUUCCAGGGUCCUUCAGGGAACAGAUUUAGGAUGGCUGGGAGAACCUGUGAAGCUUGCUGGAUGAGCUUGGGUUAGUCAUUUUCUUUCUCAGCCUAACAUUCCUCACAGGAUUAUUGUGAAGAGAAAAUGGAGGAUGGGGCAACAAUGUAUGUUGGCCUGAGCUCCUUGGAGAAAGAAUGGGAUAAAAGUAUACAAAGUAAGUUUUAAUUGUGAGGCUGUUGGCAUAUCUUUAAUGGUGGUGCUAUGAGUCACUUCCAUAAGUGCUCCAGGUAUAUGAUCAAAAGUAAUUUUCGGUUUUCCCUCUUUAAACACGGCCUCUGAUCCAUCUUCUUACUUGCCAGAGCUGGUGUCCUCAGUGAAAAACUGUUUCCAGGUUGUAAUCUGGAUGACCAUUCCUAUCUGCGUUACUGAAGGAGCAGGAUUUGAAGCAGUUUCACAUUUGUUCCCCUUCUUUCUCAAUCCUUUCCCAAUUCACCCCUCCCCUGCCUGCUAUGGACCUCAAGUCCUGCUUACUACAGCAAACAUAGGAUGGGGAAAUGAUAGUGGUGAACAGUUGUCAGUAAUCCAAGUGCAAACUAUACACAGAUUUAUGCCAGGGCUCCAAAACUAUCAUGCAGGGUGCACUUGUGUUUAUUUAUUACUUAUUGUGAGACCUCAUUUGUGUCACUUCCCAAUAAAGGAUUUGAAACAA